CUUUGCUAUUAUGUUGAAGUGUGUGAUCAUCUCAUCUAAAAUUAAAACUUAAGCUAUUUGAGAUAGCACAAUAUUAUUUACUUAAUUUUGUCUUCAAUAUAAAGAACAUUUACACUACUAUUAGUUACCUAAAGAUAAUUAUAAUUGUUGUUCAUAAAAAGUGAAAUAAUCUAAAACUGAUGACAAGCUACUUAUCAGAAUAGGUUCAAUUAGUACAUUUGAUAGUUCAAAAAAUAUUUAUACUAUCCGUGCAUACAAGUUAAACUAUUUUUCUUUUAUUAUGUUCAGAGCCUAUGAGUUUCUUACUUAUGUUGUUUGAUUUGUGAUUUGUAGAUAUAUGCAAUGCCAGUGUUUGACAUGAUAGAGACAGUGCUUGUCAGAAAAUUUAGGUUCAAGGCGACCUGGAUGUUGCGGUUUGUUACAAGGAACAUUUAUGUGGCUUUCACCAUGUUUGUUGGCAUUACCUUCCCUUUCUUCCAUGAGCUGCUUGGAUUCUUUGGAGGAUUCGCUUUUGCCCCAACAACCUACUAUCUGCCUUGCAUCAUGUGGCUACUAAUCUGCAAACCAAAGAAAUACAGUCUCUCUUGGAUUAUUAACUGGGUUUGCAUUAUUCUUGGAGUACUAUUGACGGUUAUAGCACCAAUUGGUGGCCUAAGAUCCAUAAUUAAGAAAGCCGGGACCUACGAUUUUUACUCUUAGGUACAGCAAAAGGGAAAGCCAAUUGGAGGAGAUAUAUAUUUCUUGGAGUUGCACUUUUAUUAUACUAUUUUCUUUUUCUAAAUUUGUCAUGUGUUGAUUGGCUCAAUGCUUCAUAGAGCCAGUCAAGUAUUGCUAUUUAUAGUGAGAAACUACUUACAUAGGAUAAGUACAUCACCAAUUAUUGUAUUAUGUAACAUUAUCUGGUACAACAUCAUAGACUAGAUUCAGUUAAAAGCUAGUUAAACCCCGUUAUAUGGAAUAAUAUUACACUUGUUCCUUGUUGAUUGUAUAGGAUUUUCAAAACAAAAUGUUUAAAUGGUCCUGACUCAUGAGUUA